CUGCCGUUUGCUCUGCUGUUGCUGUGGGAGAAAGCCGUGAAAUCGUUGUCGCGAUCCAGAAUAAGAACAGGACACGAUAGCAAUUCAUCCACGGAAAUAGACAGCAACGAUAUUUGGAGUAUCGUCUAUCGUUGUUCAGAGACAACAAAUCACUUUCUGCUCUGUUACCUCGGCCGCGGUAUUAUUCCGCGCGAAUACCGCUCACCCAGGUUCAAGACUGCUGUGCCCUCCCGUGCAGGGAAAAAGUGAGAAGAAAGAAGAGUACAAUACGGAUGGUCGUGAUGAUCCCUGUGGCGGCUGUGGUUUGCCUCGCGGUCGGGGUUCCGUACCUGUCGCUCGGCUACCAACACUACGCGGCCUUCGGCGGUGUGAACGUUGCGGCGCAGUUGGUCCUCUUGUUCCUGUGCAUCAACGUGGUGAUCUGCCUGUGGGAGCUGUGCCUGUGCUACAAGCACGCCCUGAUUCGCUCGACACACGCCAAGCGGGUGAAGGACGGCCAGACGAAAUCAGUCACGAUAGUGGUAUUCCGCUGGAUGCGCUUCAGCGAGAUACUCAGCCCGUCCUUCUGGGCCAACAUCUGGAUAGACUACGCCCGCUUCGACGACGCCUACGUGCAACCCGUCUCUGCCGGCUUCAACAUCGACGUCGGCAACGGCCACACCACCCUCUUGCCGAGCCUGUUCCUGCUGGCGUCGAUGGUUCGGCCGUUGGCGGAUCCGAAGAUUACAGGAAUGGUCGGGCUGCUGGCCCACUAUCAGAUGCUGUACCUGUCCCUUUUGUAUUUUUACGCGUUUUUCAACACCGCCAUAGACUGCUGA